AUGUCGAAGGAGCAGCUCCUAGAGGAUCCGACUGGCCUUCUGCGAGAGACUAGAAACAAUUUCUCCAUUGUAAAUGAUUCCGAGUCGCUGAAAAAUGUGGCCAAGAACCUGGAAGAGCUACAGCGCACGGUGGAGGAAAAGCUAAUGCGCAAAGAGGAUGAGGCGAAACAGCUAGAUCUGGCCGUGAGAAAGACACAAAAUAGGCUGGAAGUUCUGCGACGCGCUAGAAAUGGGACAGGAGAUAAUACGGACGCAUUGAGUGACGCUGACGGUGCAGAUCAACUGUCGCAAGAACUCGAACUCCUAGAACAACGACUGGUGGGUUUGAGACGCCAAGUAGAUGAGGGUCUGAAAGAGCUAGUAGCAAUUGAAACGGUCCGAGAAGGAAGCCCGGAGCUUCUUCCUGAGAAAGAUGCCGUGGACCGUGGCCACAAAACGGAUAUUUUGAAGAUCCAGGUUUAUCGGUCCUUGGGUAUAGCUCUCGAUCUCUCGAACCGCAAUGCUUUGAUAAACAAAACUGGCACACUAGAUGUGGUGCCACUGGACGAUGCGUCGGACGAUUUUUUCCGGACAAAGUACCUCUGGGACAGAAUUUAA